CAGCACUGACUAUUUGACUGCCUGCCUACCAGCACCUUUCUUCUUUCAGUAGGAGCAUAUUCUCUUCUGUGCUCAAGAAGAACCACCAGCAUGCAUCUGCCACUGAUCAUUCUGGGCCUAACUGCCUUUAUUGACAUUUCCUUCAGUCAGUCUAUAUGCUAUCGCAAUAUAAAUGGAGUUGAUACCACUGGGGCAUCUUGUCAAACUGCAAGAUCAGAAGGCUUAAUAUAUUGUGGAGUUCCAGCUUCUGAAAAGAUUGCUGAGGGGGAUCUAACCAGAAUGAAUAAAUAUAAAGGCAUCAUUAAAAGUGCUGGCAGAAAACUGUGCGUGGAUCCAGCUGUGAUUGCUGGCAUCGUCUCUAGAGAGUCACAUGCAGGAGCUGCCCUAACCCACGAUGGCUGGGAUGAAAGGAGAAAUGGUUUUGGUUUGAUGCAAAUUGAUAGACGGUCUUAUCCUCAACUUACUCGACCAUGGAACUCCGAAGCUCAUCUCAUUCAAGGCACACAAAUCCUUGUGAAAAUGAUUACGGCAAUCCAGAGAAAGUUCCCAAGGUGGACUAAAGAACAACAGCUGAAAGGUGGGAUUUCUGCCUACAAUGCAGGACCUCGAAAUGUCCAGACUUAUGCUGAUAUGGAUAUUGGCACAACCCACAAUGAUUAUGCCAAUGAUGUAGUUGCACGAGCCCAGUUUUACAAGAAAAAUGGAUACCUUUCUGAACACUACGGUAAAUUAAUGGAUGUCGAUACAACUGGGGCUUCCAUUGAAACUGGAAAACAAGAAGGUCUAAGCUAUGGAGGAGUGACUGCUUCAGAAAAGAUUGCUGAAAGAGAUUUAAAGAAUCUGCAAAAAUAUGAAACCAAGAUUAAGAACGUUGGUAAAAAACUGGGUGUAGAUCCAGCUCUGAUUGCUGCUAUCAUCUCCCGAGAGUCUCAUGGUGGAAUAGUCCUGAAGGACGGCUGGGGUGACAGAGGAAACGGAUUUGGUUUAAUGCAGGUUGAUAAACGACACCAUGAAAUUGUUGGUACGUGGGACAGUGAAGAGCAUAUUACGCAAGGUACAGAGAUUUUGUGUGGGAUGAUAAAAGACAUCCAGAAGAAAUUCCCACAAUGGACAAGAGAACAACAGCUAAAAGGUGGGAUUUCUGCCUAUAAUGCAGGGCCUAAGAACAUUCAGAGCUAUGAGAGAAUGGACAUUGGCACAACUAAGAAUGACUAUGCCAAUGACGUUGUUGCAAGAGCCAAAUUUUAUAAGAGAAAUGGAUACUGAGAAUGCUGGUUGUAUAGAGAUUGCAUUUUAAAAGUAGACUGAGUCAAAUAGUGACUAGUACUUGGAUUUCCAACAGAAAUACUGAAAAAAGGGAGAAAAAUGUUACAAACUUCAAGGGGCUCUCUUUUAGUUUAGAUUAAACUGAGUUUAAAGUUUAAGUUAUGUAUUAGUGAUAGUAUUGGAGGUCAUUAAAACUGGAAGUCUUAUCUCCAAUUUAGCUUCUGCUACUUCUUUCUUUUUUGUG